UUUCAUCAUUUCAAACACCAAAACACACACCAUUUUCACUACUAGUAGCCACAUUCAUUUGUUGAGAGUGCUAGUUUUUAAAAAAAUGGCUAAGUUUGCCUCCAUUGCUCUUCUCCUCACAUUGAACAUUCUCUUUUUGACUAUGGUUAGUUCCACUUAUGUCCCAUGCCCACCACCCUCCAACCCUACCCCUACGCCUACCCCCUCCACCCCCUCUUCCCCAUCCACCCCAUCAUCAAAGGGAAAGUGCCCAAAGAAUACACUUAAGCUAAAAGCUUGUGCCAGUUUGUUAAAUGACUUAGUGCACCUUGUCAUUGGAAGUAGCCCAGCCAAGACUAAAUGUUGCUCUUUAAUUAAAGGACUUGCUGAUGUUGAUGCUGCUGUUUGUCUUUGCACUGCCAUUAAAGGCAAUGUGUUGGGAAUUAAUCUCAAUGUUCCACUUUCCCUCAGCUUGUUGCUCAACAAUUGUGGCAAAUAUGUUCCCAAGAACUUUCAAUGUGCAUAAUUUAUCAAGCUAGCUACAUUUCCACUUUCAUAUAUAGUAUUUUGUAUUUUGUUUCAGUGUGUGUUUUGGUGUUUUGUACGCUUAUAUAGUUGUUUAUUUUCAAAGGAGUAAUUAUUAUAUGUAGUUUAUUCAGUAUAUUUAGAAGGAAGGCUAGCUAGUUGUUUGCCUUUCUUAUUGUUGUAUCAUCAUGAGUAAUAAAUGACAAAUAUUUGUCGAGUUUAUAUA